AGUGGAUGCUGGAGAUAGACACCAGCACCCCCCUCAGGACCCCAACAGGGACAAGCGUGUCAGAAAAUGGAUGGAUGGAUGGAUACUCAUGCUGAAUCACACUCCAUAGCAGUUGGUGGCGAUAAUGUGCACCUCAAAGAUUUUCGCUGACUAGCAAGAAGAAGAAGAGCCAUUUCCGCAUUAGCUGUAGCGAACUCAGUGAACCUGGUUACUACCGCGAAUAAAAGGAAAAGAAGGAGAAGAAGAACCUGGUUACUACUAUACGGCAUAUAGCGAUCUAAAAUACUAUUUAACGAGACUUUGUGUGUUUUUGCUUUUAAAUCAAAAUAUUAAUUCAAUAUAAAUACAUCAAAUUGUCGGACGUUCGAGACCCGGAAAUGGAUGACUUUGUGUCCCUGAUGUUGGAGCUGAUUUGGAUCUCCUUCAUUUCCUCUACCUCUGCAGGCGAAGUACCACUGGAAAAACAUCCAUCAAACAUCACAGCAGAACCUGGACAGAACGUCACUCUGCCAUGUAGAACUCCUGACAGUAAACCUGUUGUUGGUGUAGAGUGGGACAGAACUGAUCUGGGGUCAGAAUAUGUUCUUCUCUACAGAAAUAACCAAUUUGAUCUAGAAAAACAGCAUCCAUCCUUUAAGAACCGGGUGGAUCUGAAGGAGGGACAGAUUAAGGAUGGAGACGUGUCCCUGGUUCUGAAGAACGUCUCCACUGAUGACAGAGGAACAUAUGAGUGCCUAGUCGUCCAGACAGAAAUAAACAGGAGGAGGCAGACAGUUCUCUACAUAAACCUGGAUGUAGUUCCUCCUCCAGAUCAGAGAAACAUCACAGCAGAACUUGGACAGAAUGUCACUCUGCCAUGUAGAGCUCUUGACAUUAAACCUGUUAUUGUUGUAGAGUGGGACAGAACUGAUCUGGGGGUAGAAUAUGUUAUUCUCUUUAGAAAUAACCAGUUUGAUCUAGAAAACCAGCAUCCAUCCUUUAAGAACCGGGUGGAUCUGCAGGAGGGACAGAUUAAGGAUGGAGACGUGUCCCUGACUGUGAAGAACGUGGUGACUGAUGACAGAGGAACAUAUGAGUGUCGAGUCUCCCAGUCGGAAACAAGCAGCAGGAGGCAGACGGUUAUCUACAUAAAACUGGAUGUAGUUCCUCCUCCAGGGGAGCCUGAUGACGGCAAAGAAGGUGGACCUGAUGGACUAUGGGUUGGAGUGGUGGUACCUGCCAUAAUUAUAAUUGCUAUUGUUGCUGUUGUUGUUUAUAUCCAUAAAAAACGUAAAAAGAAAUCAAAUCCAAACCAGCCUCCUGGAGCAGCAGCAGGAAAUCAGCUGGGUUUAAUGCUUCAAGACUCAUCAGAUGACCUGUGAGUCCAGUUUGAUCUGCAGGUAAAGUAAAGUUCUGCAGAACCACAGCAAACAAAUCUUCCUAAACGCUGAAGAUGAUGAGACACAUUUCAGAACCUUACUGAGGAUUUCCUCCUCAUCAGGAUCCUCUUCCUCCUCCUCAUCCUCAUCAUCCUCAUCAUCCUCUUCCUCCUCCUCCUCAACCUGCAGUAGCAAACCUGAACUCUGCCAUCAAGCGUUUCUGUCCUCCAGCAGAACCUCAGCUGGUCCAGAUCUGCUCUAGAAGCCGUUCCAGGCUGGACUUGUUGCCUCGUUAUUCUGUAAAGCUUUAGACUGAAUGUCAGGAUCCUGUUACAGUAUUGUUACUUUUAGAAGUUUCUGUAUUUAAACCUUCAAAUGUGUCCUGAUUUCAUCUUCAUCAUCACUGAACACAUCUGCCUGAUGGGUGCGAUGCCUUAUUUCACUCUGCAGAACCGCUGCGGCUCACUGUGCAGCUCUAGUUGCCUUCAGCAGCAGCUAACUGGUUAUUAUCUGACUUCAUGCUGAGGAGAACUUCAGGUCUCAGGGCCGACCCGCUGGUUCCUCUGGUUCUCCUGGUAAUGGAUCAAAUGGCUGCUUUAUGCACUGCUGAAUGUUGUUUUAACAGAAACGUCUCAUUCAGGUUGUUAAAUGUUACGCUUGCCUUAAAAUCCAUUAAAUUGUUAUUUAUGAACCAUUUCUGAUGUCUAUAAUUUCCAAAUGGCCGUUAAAUAAAUAGUGACACAUUCUACAGUGUGGAGACAGCGCUCAGUGCACAGUAAAAAUAAUCUUUAUUAAAGUAAAUGUUUCCUGA